GAAAGAAAGUCAGCCUGGUUUCCAGCUGAGUGCUUGCUCUCUCACAGUGUGUGUGUGUGUUGUCAUUAUUAUCCACUCUGCUCCCAGCUCAGAAUGGCCAGAUUCACUCAGACUGAAACAAGAAGGCAGCACCAUCCACAGCAGCCCCAGCCCGCUCACUCCAGCCUGGUUUUCACCGGACCGGGGGCACCACCGAGCCAACAGCCACUACUACUUAUCCCACAUCAGCACCAGUACCCUCAGAUCACAUUUCCGAAACCCAUGAACGGGUCAGAACCCAUUUCAAUUCAUCCGGAGAGCGGCAACAUGAAAGACCAAGAUGCCAUUAAGCUGUUUAUCGGGCAGAUACCGCGGAACUUGGAAGAAAAAGACCUGAAACCCCUGUUUGAACAGUUUGGGAAAAUCCACGAACUGACAGUUCUCAAGGACCGAUACACCGGCAUGCACAAAGGUUGUGCGUUCCUCACCUACUGCGCCAGAGAGUCGGCCAUUAAAGCCCAGAAUGCCCUCCAUGAACAGAAAACACUGCCAGGGAUGACUCGCCCCAUCCAGGUGAAACCGGCUGACAGCGAGAGCCGUGGAGAAGACAGGAAGUUGUUUGUUGGGAUGCUAAACAAACAACAGACCGAGGAGGAUGUUUACCGCCUCUUUGAACCCUACGGAGUCAUCGAGGAGUGCACGGUCCUAAGAGGUCCUGACGGAAACAGCAAAGGUUGCGCCUUUGUCAAGUUCUCCACACAUACUGAGGCUCAGUCAGCAAUCAGUGCCCUCCAUGGCAGCCAGACCAUGCCAUCAUACACGGAUCUCAGUGACCAGGAAAAUAUGGUGUUCCAGUGCGGCAGGAUUGAACAUACAGGUGCUUCCUCCAGCUUGGUGGUCAAGUUCGCCGACACAGACAAGGAGCGCACCAUCAGACGUAUGCAGCAGAUGGUUGGACAGUUUGGCAUAUUUAACCCAGCCAUCGCCCUUCCCUUCAGCACCUACAGCUCUUACGCACAUGCGCUCAUGCAGCAGCAGGCAGCCAUCAUGGCAGCAAGCCACGGAGGUUACCUCACGCCUAGCGUGGCUUUCCCCGCCACACAGAUCCACCAGAUGGGGGCGCUCAACAUCAACAGCCUCCCACCCACCCCUAUGACCCCGGUGUCGGGUGAGUUUCAUCAAACCCUGGCAGGCCUCAGUUCUCCACCAGCCAACAUCACCACCUCUGCCGUGCCCAGCAUCGUCACGCCCAUCGUCAACGGAUUCACCGGCAUCCCUCAUCAGCCAAACGGACACCCUGCUGUGGAGACUUUGUACACCAACGGCCUGCCGCCCUACUCCACCCAGAGCCCCACCGCUGCUGACACUCUCCAGCAAGCCUUCACUGGAGUACAGCAAUACACAGCGAUCUACCCAGCCACCACGCUGACUCCCAUUGGCCAGACACUGCCCCAACCACCCCAGGUCAUCCAGCAGCAGCAGCAGAGAGAAGGUGAGGGUCCGGAGGGUUGUAACCUGUUUAUCUACCACCUGCCACAGGAGUUUGGAGACAAUGAACUCAUGCAGAUGUUUCUGCCCUUCGGCACUGUAAUCUCCUCUAAGGUCUUCAUGGACCGGGCAACCAACCAGAGCAAGUGCUUCGGUUUCGUGAGCUUCGACAACCCUGCUAGUGCACAGGCAGCUAUUCAAGCCAUGAAUGGCUUUCAGAUUGGGAUGAAGAGGUUGAAAGUCCAGCUAAAGAGACCGAAGGAUGCCAGCCGCCCUUACUGACACAGCCUACCUUCAGUAUUCUUUGCAGCAGCACAGGUUUUAGAGGACACAUGAAGAUAUCUUGGAGGAGUUAAACUUUUUUUCUUUGAAAGCAAAAUAUGUUUUAAAAAAAUCAACACAUAACGAAUUUUUGAAGACAUAUCAGCAUUUACUUAUGAAGAUAUAGGUUACGGCAGAAAAAGAAGAUGCGAAAGAGGAGGAGGCGCUUCACCGGGGGACUUAACAGUAACAGAUGGCACAGUGCAAGAAAGACGAGAAGAAAAAAAAACUGAAAAAAGAUGUGAUAAGACUGAACAACAGAACUUUUUCUUGUUGAGACUUGAAUUGUUAAUUAAGCAACAAACUAACAAACAAAAAAGCAGCAACAACAAAUAGAUUUCUAUAUACAUAUUAUAUACACAUAUAUAUAAGGAAAGAGGCGCUUGUGGCUUUUACUGUACUGGACAAAUGAGGGUUAAAACUUGAAGAUCAAGAAAAACAGUGGAAAAAAAAGAAGCUAUUCUAUACGUCCACUGACAGACUUUCUUUCUCUUUCCCUCUUUCUCUUAUUCCUUCACCGUCUCUCAGCAAGCGCAGAACUAUGACUCUUGGAGGUCACUGAGGUUUCCAUUAGCAACAGUAGAACUGCAAAUCUUUCACCCCUAAGGGACCAAAGGACCAAACAUUUUUAUUGUUCUGAACAGUAAUAUAUAGUAUUAAUAAUACUAAUACUACAAACUACUACUAAUAAUAUUACAAGUUAAACUUAAGAAGAAAUACUAGCUUCAGGUUGAAAAAAAGAGGAAAGGGGUUUCGGUUUCUUUUCCUUUUACAUUUAUAGCUACUGGGUUUGAGGAUAUUAAAACAAAACAGAAAAAAAAAUGUAUAAAAAAAUAAAGCUAUACUAAUUUAGUGGCGUAGAAUAUGUGGGUUAGACAUUGAUUCGGGCAUGUUCAGAUAUGUUCUUUUGCCUCUCAUUGCUUCAUUCGCAUCACAGCAUUUCAUCUCGGAGGUGUGAUGUGUCGGUGUUAUUGUGUCGGUAGAAGAAUAAAAAAAAGUCCUGUAGUGCCAAAAGUGACACAAUAACAGCCUCUUAGACCAAACAUUACUGAUCUACAGUGUAUUUAGCCAUGCAAUGCCGUCUUCUGUGAUUGUCAGCGCGCUGAAAUUCCAUAAUUGAAGCAGGAGUAAUUCCAUGUCAUCAUUAAAGUCUUGAUAUUACAGAUAAUCUGACCAUAAAGCACUGUGGUAAAAGUGCCACCCGGCUGAGCUGGAUACGCAGCAGUAAAACAGCGCAGCAUCUGUAACUGCUUAAUAAAAUAUACAAAUGAGCCUGACAGCAGUAGUAAAAAUUUCCAUCGGCGUGUCACUGUGGUCCCUGCCGGGUCGUGCCCUCUCCCGCUGCCAAGGCCCUCCAGCUGCUCUCAGCAAGCGACAGCAAGACUCCCCUCCUCUUUCUCCUCUCCCGCCCUCUCUCUCUACUCACCUCACCUCCAAGUGCCAGCAUAUCUCUCUCUUAAUAGGGACCAUCAGUUCACGGGGGGCCGAGAGCUAACCCACAGCAUAAUUAGGAUAAUGAUAAUAUUGAUCAGAUGGGGAGAAGCGUUGCGGGGGCAAGAGAUGCGCAAUCAAUAACACAUUGGCAUUUUGAAUGAAUUGACUGAGUGACAGAGUCCAUUUUUCUCUCAGUGGUUGGAUGUGAGUCUUCUCACCCCUUCUCUGCUCCCCACAGUCUCAGAGGGGACCCCAAAUAUGACAGAGGCAGCACGUCCUCUGGGACUCUUGGAAGGCACUUAAAUCUAAGUCAUUAUCGCGAAGAAACAGAAAGGUUCAGAGGUUUACAUGGCUGUGACAGGAUCUGUGUAUAAUGUUUAGAGUAGCUUGUACGAGUUCUUCAGUGAAGAGCAGCUGUAUAUUUUUUUUUCCAAAGGGUAUAAUAGCACAGUAAGAGCUUGUACACGGUGAGGAACAGCCUGGCAUUACCAGCCUUAGGAGGUCAAAUUAAGAGCAAAAUGAUCCAUCAAUUAGACAGCAGCAGGCCUGUAAGUGUAGCUGCUACAGCUGCUGCUGCUUCAACAAGACGACAGCUUACUAUUAGCGCCGGUCACACAUGGCUCCUAUACAGUGUGGUCACGACACAUCACGCAGUAUCAGAUGUGAUUAAUUAGCUAAAGUAGCAUCGUAUGUAGUGAUACUUCUACAAAAAAAAAGACGUGCGCGCCAUACACCCGAGAUGAAAUCUGUUUUAUGUGAGUUGUUUGCUUUUUUAAAAAUCCAUUUCACUCUCAGAUUUGAGAAAUCCACAAUUUGUUUUUUUCCAACAUGCCAUUUGUUGACUCUGUUUUUUCUGAAGCAGCUUGCCCCUCAGGACUCUGUGAGACCUCAGUGCUCUGAUCAUCGCUCUAAACUUAAGACACAUCAGUGAUUCAGUCAUCAAGACACAAUGAUUUCUCUAUGUCCCCAUCCGCACAGAUACAGUCUUCAGAAAACAGAACUACUGUGCCUCUGUAGUUUGGUACAAGAAAUGUCAUCACCAGAAUGGCUUCCAAGGUCCUGAUGACUGUAUCUUUUAGUUUUACUUUGGCUCAGCCACUUUAUUUGUAUGAUAACUGCUUUACAGGAUCAGUAUUAUUAGAAAGGGGUUGUGAUUUCCAGGGGGCCGUUAACAAAUGUUCCCCUUAUUCACUGUAUAUUGUUCUGUUGCAGGCAGCACUUAGAUGCUGUAGAAAGAAAGUCUUUAAAAAUGCCUUUUCUCAUCAUGAAUUGCCAAAUUAUGCAAGCAUAUCCACUGCAUUUCCUUAUCCUGAACGCAUAAAAUGUAUGCCAGAUUCCUUGAAAACUGAAGGUAGUUUCUUAUAAAUGUGUUAAUUUUCAAGAAAUCAGUAGAAAAAAAUAUUUGAUUUUGUGUAGUAUAAUAUUGUAGGAGGGGCGUCAGGUCAGGCUGUAAUGAUAUAGAAUAGGGUUUUCCAUUGAAAAGGUUAGAUUUCAUAUAUAUGUGCCAGGAGACAGCUUAUUUUCCCCAGGUGAGUUACUGUUAGUUUCUUCUCUCCUGUCAGGGCCCAGCAGCUUUAGGAAGCUGUGAUAUAUGCUCUCCUUUCCCCAGGCCAUACAGGGCCUUAUAAACCCACUCAAAAAUCUUUUCUUAUGGGAUUUCUACUGGAGAGUUUUUUAAAUUAUUAAAAUCAAAUUAAAUUUGGCCUUCACAACAGCUUGGGUAAUGCAAAUUAAAGAUGCCAGCUGUGGCUGAAAUGUAAUGAGUUUGAAAAGAUGUUGAGUUAAUUUCAUUCUGCCAAGAAAAAAAAUGAAAUUUGAUCGAAAGCAAUUAAAACAGUGAAGGUUUGUGGAUGGAGACAGUUUUAGUGUAGUGGUGUAGUGCAUAAGCCUAAAUAUACAUAUCUACUGUGAAAUUUAGAAAAGGGAAAGGAAAGUUAUGAAAUGACUGAAAUCCAAGAAACUAAUUGAGUUUAACAAUUCAAACUGACUGAAAAUCCAGUAAAGAAAAGACAGGAAACAGCAGCACUGGUUCCAAUAGUGUUAUAAUUAAGCUGCAUGUGAUCAAACUUAGAGUUUAUCUUCUACAUUGUUUUCACUUUUGCAUACAUUUUUUAAAUUUCUUUCUUUUUUUUAUAUAUUUGUCAUCUUACCAUGGUGCCCUUUCAAUCUCUGAGCAUGCUCAAUGGGGGCUGGGAGGGUUAAAGAUUAUGAUUAUGGUACUACUCGUAUUAACAAUAUGAUUCUUUAACUAUGGUUUGAAUGCUAAGGAUAGUAGCUUAUUAUAAAUAUGAAAUCUGUAUAUUAUGGAAAAUCAGCACAGGACCUUUCUUUGGGUACAUAUAGGUUUAGGGUUUGAAAUGGGGGAGGGAUCGGGGGUGGGAGCGGGGGGUUAUCGCUUUAUAAAGAUGUUAACUUUCUGGUUUCUCAGCACAAAGCAUACAAAAACAUAUAAACAGCAGUAUGGAGUCUGUGAAGAAGACUUUACUGACAUACAGGGCGCAAAAAGAGGAAUCUCAGUACUAUUCUUUAAACCUGGAGGAGAACAUGCAGUUUACAGGUUGUAUUGUUUUUCUUUCCUUUCUUUUCUUUAAAGGAGAGCGCCACCUGUUUUUGUGGCAGCGUCAGUACAGCAUGGAUAAACUGACAGGGAAAGCAGUAUCUUUUUAUAAAAAAAACUUUUAAAAAAACUAUGUGUUCUGUAUUAGCCUGAGAAACCAAACAUUUUUCCCCUGUUGAAAUUUCUUAAUACUUGCUGCUUAGAUUACUUCAUAUUAAUGAUUGAUGAUUUAUUAAUUUUAUAAUUAAUUAUCGAGUCAAGUAUGUAACUUGAUGUUUAUUUAUUUAUCUAUUUAUUUUAUUUAUUUAUUUAUUUAUUUAUUUAUUUAUUUAUUAUUUAUUUAUUAUUUAUUUAGCCACUUUUCUUUUCUUUUCUUUAAUGGUUAUGGUAAGAUAAAGAUAUGUAUCAAAAAGAAACGCUUAUUGGGGCUUUUCUCUCUUUCUCUCCUUUUUUUCCAAUUUUACAAUAAAAAUUCAAACUGGA